AUGGGAAACGCAGAAAGUCAAAAUGUCGUGCAUGAGUUCUAUGGAGACAAGCACGCUGUCCUGGGGCGCAAGCACACGUCCCGAUCCCUGCGCCUGUCACACAAGGCGCGGCGGACCAGGCACGCCUCCUCCGGCAAGGUGAUCCACAGGAACUCCGAAGUGAGUACCCGAUCCAGCAGCACCCCCAGCAUCCCCCAGUCCCUGGCCGAAAAUGGCCUGGAGCCCUUCUCCCAGGAAGGCACCCUCGAGGACUUCGGGAGCCCCAUUUGGGUGGACCGAGUGGAUAUGGGCUUGAGACCCGUGUCUUACACUGAUUCCUCCGUCGCUCCCAGCGUGGACAGCAGCAUCGUCCUCACAGCAGCCUCCGUGCAGAGCAUGCCAGACUCGGAAGACAGCCGGCUUUACAGGGAUGACGCGACGUACUUGGCGGAGGGCGGCAGGCGGCAGCGCCCCUAUGCCUCCAAUGGGCCCGCGUUCAUGGAGACGGCGAGCUUUAAGAAGAAACGCUCCAAAUCCGCAGACAUCUGGCGGGAGGACAGCCUGGAAUUCUCACUGUCUGAUCUGAGCCAAGAACACUUAACAAGCAACGAAGAGAUCUUGGGUUCCGCUGAGGAGAAAGACUGCGAGGAGGCUCCGGCGAUGGAAACCCGGGCGAGUCCGCGGCAGCUCAGUGCCUGUCAACGGGCCAAUUCCCUGGGGGACUUGUAUGCUCAGAAGAACUCUGGGGUGACGGCAAACGGGGGGCCCAGGAGCAAACUUGCAGGCUACUGUCGGAAUUUGGUGUCUGACAUCCCCGAUCUCGCGAACCGUAAGAUGCCACCAGCUGCAGCUGAAGAGGCUCUCCCCUACAGUAAUUAUAACACACUCCCCUGUAGGAAAUCUCACUGUCUCUCUGAAGGUGCCACCAACCCACAGAUUAGCCAUAGCAGCAGCAUGCAAGGCAGAAGAGCAAAAACCACUCAGGAUGUUAACGCAGGCGAGGGUAGCGAGUUUGCCGACAGCGGGAUCGAAGGGGCCACCACCGACACGGACCUCCUGUCCCGGCGAUCCAAUGCCACUAACUCCAGCUACUCGCCCCCCACCGGCCGUGCCUUUGUGGGCAGCGACAGCGGCAGCAGCUCCACCGGGGACGCGGCCCGCCAGGGGGUGUAUGAGAAUUUUCGCCGGGAGCUGGAGAUGAGCACCACCAACAGCGAGAGCCUGGAGGAGGCGGGCUCCGCGCACAGCGACGAGCAGAGCAGCGGCACCCUGAGCUCCCCGGGCCAGUCCGACAUCCUGCUCACGGCCGCACAGGGCACGGUGCGCAAGGCCGGCGCCCUGGCCGUCAAGAACUUCCUGGUGCACAAGAAGAACAAGAAGGUGGAGUCCGCCACGCGGAGGAAGUGGAAGCACUACUGGGUGUCCUUGAAAGGGUGCACACUCUUCUUCUACGAGGGUGACGGCAGGUCCGGGAUAGACCACAACAGCGUCCCCAAGCACGCCGUCUGGGUGGAGAACAGCAUUGUACAGGCAGUUCCUGAGCACCCCAAGAAGGACUUCGUCUUCUGCCUCAGCAAUUCCCUGGGCGAUGCCUUCCUUUUCCAGACCACCAGCCAGACGGAGCUGGAGAACUGGAUCACUGCCAUCCACUCUGCUUGCGCGGCCGCUGUCGCAAGACACCACCACAAAGAGGACACGCUCCGGCUGCUGAAGUCGGAGAUCAAGAAACUGGAGCAGAAGAUCGACAUGGAUGAGAAGAUGAAGAAAAUGGGCGAAAUGCAGCUGUCCUCCGUCACGGAUUCAAAGAAGAAGAAAACGAUAUUAGAUCAGAUCUUUGUCUGGGAGCAGAAUCUUGAGCAGUUCCAAAUGGACCUGUUUCGCUACCGCUGUUACCUAGCCAGCCUCCAAGGUGGGGAGCUGCCCAACCCUAAAAGGUUACUUGCCUUUGCAAGCCGACCAACCAAAGUGGCAAUGGGCCGCCUUGGAAUUUUUUCUGUGUCAUCUUUUCAUGCCCUGGUGGCCGCCCGCACGGGUGAAACUGGAGUCAGAAGACGUACUCAGGCCAUGUCCCGAUCCGCAAGCAAGAGAAGGAGCAGGUUUUCUUCUCUUUGGGGUCUGGAUACUACCUCUAAAAAGAAGCAGGGACGCCCAAGCAUCAAUCAGGUGUUCGGUGAGGGAACUGAGGCUGUAAAGAAAUCUUUAGAGGGAAUAUUUGAUGACACUGUUCCAGACGGCAAGAGGGAGAAAGAAAUGGUCUUGCCCGCUGUCCACCAGCACAAUCCCGACUGUGACAUUUGGGUCCACGAGUAUUUCACCCCAUCCUGGUUCUGUCUACCGAACAAUCAGCCAGCCCUGACGGUCGUCCGGCCUGGGGACACGGCCCAGGACACCCUGGAGCUGAUCUGCAAGGCACAUAAACUGGAUCAUUCUGCUCAUUACCUGCGCCUGAAAUUUCUAAUAGAAAACAAAAUGCAGUACUACGUGCCAAAGCCUGAGGAGGACAUUUAUGAGCUGCUGUACAAAGAAAUUGAAAUUUGUCCAAAAGUCACUCAGAACAUCCAGAUUGAGAAGUCAGAUACAGCUGGUGAUAAUUAUGGGUUUUCACUUUCUUCUGUGGAAGAAGAUGGUGUUCGAAGGCUCUAUGUGAAUAGUGUAAAAGAAACUGGCUUAGCUUCCAAGAAAGGCCUGAAGGCGGGAGAUGAGAUUCUCGAGAUCAAUAAGCGGGCUGCAGGCACCCUGAACUCCUCUGUGCUCAGAGAUUUCCUCGCACAGCCGUCCCUGGGCCUCCUGGUGAGGACCUGCCCCGAGCUGGAGGGAGGAGCAGAGCUGCUGGAGAACCCGCCCCAUCGGCUGGACGGCCCGGCCGACCUCGGCGAGAGCCCCCUCGCCUUUCUCAGCAGCGACACAGGCCACAGCCUCUGCAGCGAGCAAGGCAGCAGUGCUGAGGCUGCUCCGGAGGAGGCUGAAGGGCCGGACUUGGAAUCCUCAGAUGAUACUGAUCACAGCAGCAAGAGCACGGAACAGGUGGCCGCGUUCUGCCGCAGUCUGCACGAGAUGAAGCCCUCUGACCCGAGCCCGUCCCCCCAGGACUCCACUGGGCCUCAGCUGGCCGCCAUGAGACAGCUCACGGACGCCGAUAAGCUGCGCAAGGUUAUCUGCGAGCUCCUGGAGACAGAGCGCACCUACGUGAAGGACUUAAACUGUCUCAUGGAGAGAUACCUAAAACCUCUUCAAAAAGAAACGUUUCUCACCCAGGAUGAGCUUGAUGUGCUCUUUGGAAAUUUAACCGAAAUGGUAGAGUUUCAAGUAGAAUUCCUUAAAACUCUGGAAGAUGGAGUGAGAUUGGUACCUGAUCUGGAAAAGCUUGAGAAAGUUGAUCAAUUUAAGAAAGUGCUGUUCUCCCUGGGGGGAUCCUUUCUGUAUUACGCUGACCGCUUCAAGCUCUACAGUGCCUUCUGCGCCAGCCACACGAAGGUCCCCAAGGUCCUGGUGAAAGCCAAGACGGACGCAGCUUUCAAGGCGUUCCUAGACGCCCAGAACCCAAAGCAGCAGCACUCGUCCACCCUGGAGUCUUACCUCAUCAAGCCCAUCCAGAGGAUCCUUAAGUAUCCGCUUCUGCUGAAGGAGCUUUUUGCUCUGACGGACGCAGAGAGUGAGGAACAUUACCACCUGGAUGUGGCCAUUAAGACUAUGAACAAGGUUGCAAGUCAUAUCAAUGAAAUGCAGAAAAUCCAUGAGGAAUUUGGGGCUGUGUUUGACCAGCUGAUCGCUGAACAGACUGGUGAGAAAAAAGAGGUUGCAGAUCUGAGCAUGGGAGACCUGCUGUUGCAUACCACCGUCAUCUGGCCAAACCCACCCGCCUCGCUGGGCAAGUGGAAAAAGGAGCCCGAAUUGGCAGCGUUUGUCUUCAAAACUGCCGUGGUCCUUGUCUAUAAAGAUGGUACCAAACAGAAGAAGAAACUUGUAGGAUCACACAGGCUUUCAAUUUACGAGGACUGGGACCCCUUCCGAUUUCGACACAUGAUUCCUACUGAGGCUCUGCAGGUUCGCGCUUUGGCAAGUGCAGAUGCAGAAGCAAAUGCCGUGUGUGAAAUCGUCCACGUGAAGUCGGAGUCUGAAGGGAGGCCGGAGAGGGUCUUCCACCUGUGCUGCAGCUCCCCAGAGAGCCGAAAGGAUUUCCUGAAGGCUGUGCAUUCCAUCCUGCGAGAUAAGCACAGAAGACAGCUCCUGAAGACCGAGAGCCUUCCCUCGUCCCAGCAAUAUGUCCCUUUUGGAGGAAAGAGGUUGUGUGCGCUGAAAGGGGCCAGGCCGGCCAUGAGCAGGGCAGUGUCCGCCCCAAGCAAGUCUCUUGGGAGGAGGAGGCGGCGACUGGCCCGAAACAGGUUUACCAUUGAUUCCGAUGCCAUCUCCGCCAGCAGCCCGGAGAAAGACCCCCAGCAGACCCCCGGUGGCGGGGACACUGACCGCUGGGUGGAGGAACAGUUUGAUCUUGCUCAGUAUGAGGAGCAGGAUGACAUCAAGGAGACAGACAUCCUCAGUGACGAUGAUGAGUUCUGUGAGUCGGCCAAGGGUGCCGCGGCGGACAGAGACCUGCAGGAGCGGCUUCAGGCUGCCUCCAUCACUCAGCGGGAGAGAGGCCGGAAGCCCCUGGACAGCCACGCGUCCCGCAUGACGCAGCUCAAGAAGCAAGCCGCCCUGUCGGGCAUCAACGGAGGCCCGGAGAGUACGAGCGAGGAGGUCAUUUGGGUUAGGCGCGAAGACUUUGCCCCCUCCCGCAAGCUGAACACUGAGAUCUGA